AGAAGAUGAUGAUGAAGAAGAAGAUAGCGAUGAUCAAGAUGACUCUUCUGAUGAUAUGAUGGAUGAACAGGAUGAAGUAUAUGGCAAUGGAUCUGACAGCGAUUUUGAUGAUAUACCAACCAAGAAAUCUCGCAAACAAACAAGUUCAGGCAUAUCACAGAAAAAAUCAAAUGAAUUACAACAACCAGUAUUUAUUCCUAUGGGUACAAAGGUGUUUGAAAAGAUACUUAGAUUUCGACACAAUGAAGAAACUGGCAAAAAUGAACUAUUGAUUAAAUACAAGCAUACAAGUUAUCAUCGUACUGAAUGGGUGACGGUAGAUCAAGUAGAAGGUGAACAUCUAGGAAAACAUCGAGUCAAAAAGUUUUUACAAAAAUGGCAUCAAGAUGGACAAGUAGGAGAAGAUUUUACAGAAUAUCUCAAGGUGGAUCGUAUUAUUGAUGAAGGCGAACUAAUGGAUCCUAUUACUGGUGAAAACAAGAUUUAUUAUCUCGUUAAAUGGAAUGGAUUAUUAUAUGAUGCAAGUACUUGGGAAUCUGAAGCUGAUAUGCAAAAUAUUGAUCCUAUCAAGAUUCAAGAAUUUCAUGCUCGAAGACAAAUUCCUCAAGAAAAACUUGAUAAUUCUCCCAAACGACCUCCGGUCUCUCAAUUUAUGAAAUAUGAUUCUUCACCAAAAUAUCGAUAUGGAAAUGAACUUCGUCCUUAUCAAUUGGAAGGAUUGAAUUGGCUUCGAUUUUGUUAUUAUAACAGUCGCUCUUGUAUUUUAGCUGAUGAAAUGGGACUUGGUAAAACUGUACAAUCAGUUGCUUUUCUGAAUGAUAUUUAUCACAGUAUUGGUAUUCGUGGUCCAUUUCUUGUUGUUGCUCCUUUAUCAACUAUUCCUCAUUGGGAACGUGCUUUUCGUGCUUGGACUGAUCUGAAUGUGGUGGAUUUCCGUGGCAAUGCUUUAUCUAGAAAUUUAUUGAUUGAAACUGAAUUUUAUUACAAGGAUAUGCAAGGCAAAAGUAUUCCCAAUCGUUUCAAAUUUGAUGUCUUGAUCACUACUUAUGAAAUGGCAAUUGCCAGUGCUUCUCAGUUACGCAAUGUUCCUUGGAAAUGUGCUGUCUUUGAUGAAGCCCAUCGAUUAAAAAACAAACAAUCCAAAGUGGGUGAAAUCCUAAAGAUGUUCCAUAUGGAUCAAAAAUUAUUAUUGACUGGCACACCUUUACAAAAUAAUCUGGAUGAAUUAUAUAGUUUACUUAGCUUUAUGCAACCUGAUGUUUUUAAUGAUGAAAGAUAUUUCUUUGCUGAAUAUGGAUCUUUACAAACAGCUGCUCAAGUAGAAAAAUUACAAGCUCUACUCAAACCCAUUAUGUUGCGUCGAUUCAAGGAAGAUGUGGAAAAAAGUAUUCCAGUCAAGGAAGAAACUGUGAUUGAAGUUGAAUUGACUAAUCCUCAAAAGAAAUGGUAUCGUGCUAUUUUGGAAAAGAAUUUUAGUUUCUUAAGAAAAGGAUCAAAAACAAAUAAAGAAAUGCCUCAUCUUCGAAAUAUUAUGAUGCAAUUACGAAAAUGUUGUAUUCAUCCUUAUUUAUUGGAAGGUGCUGAAGAAGUGAUCGUAUCUGAUUCUCAUGCAACUACUCAUAUGGAACAAUUCAACUGUCUGGUACAAUCUUCUGGCAAAUUGGUACUUAUUGACAAGUUACUCAAGAAAUUGAUCAAAGGGAAUCACAAAGUACUCAUUUUUUCACAAUUCACAAGUUGUCUGGAUAUUUUAUCAGAUUAUCUUCGAGGACGAAACUAUGCUCAUGAGCGUAUCGACGGUAGUAUUCCUGGUGAACAACGUCAAGCGUCCAUUGAUCGGUUCUCCACAUUACCUAUUGAAGAAUCUUUUGUGUUUUUACUUUGUACUCGUGCUGGUGGUGUUGGAAUCAAUUUGACUGCUGCCGAUACUUGUAUCAUAUUUGAUAGUGACUGGAAUCCUCAAAAUGACUUGCAAGCUCAAGCUCGUUGUCAUCGUAUUGGGCAAACAAAACCUGUCCAGAUUUAUCGUUUGAUUUGUCGAAAUACUUAUGAAAAAGAUAUGUUUGAUCGUGCUGGUAUGAAACUUGGAUUGGAUAAGGCGGUGAUGCAAAGAUCAAAUUUGGAAUCAGAUGGUAGUACUGGAAAUGGACCAAGCAAGAAUGAACUCAAUAAGAAAGAAAUUGAAGAUCUUUUGAAAAAAGGUGCAUAUGGUGCAAUGCUAGAUGAUGAAGCAAGUACCAAAUUCUGUGAGGAAGAUAUUGAUCAAAUCCUUGAACGACGUACUACAGUGAUUCGACAUGAAGGGAAUGAAAAAGGUUCAGUCUUCUCCAAAGCAACAUUCUCGGCAUCAACUGAAUCCAACGCAGUGGAACUGGAUGAUCCUGACUUUUGGGAAAAAUGGGCUACCCAAGCCAAUAUUGACACUACUGAAGUACCUGAUGAAAACGAUCUGAUAGUAUUUGAACCAAGACGGCGUCGACAGGUGCAACGAUUUGGCGCAUUAGAUGAAGACAAUUUUUCAUCCAAUGACAAUGAUGGUGUGGAUUCUGAUGCUGCUUAUGAAGAUGAAGGCGAACGUAACCGUAAACGCGAUCAACCUAGACCAUGGACUCUCUCUGAAAAAACAAAAUAUGAACGCAAGUUGAUGAUUUUUGGUUAUGGGGCAUGGGAACAAAUGGCCACUCACUUCUCAAGACGAUCAGGAAAGGAUCUCAAAGCCGUGACUCGCUCAUUGAUGCGACAAGUACUUCCCCAAAUCUCUCAAAACAACGAAGAAGAUCGUAAGCUUAUUGAAGAUAUUGAAGAUAUUUUGGAUUCUGGUAAUGAUGAUGAAGUGGACAACAUGUCUAUUCCAUACCGUGGUGCUAGCAAGAAACAAAUCGCUGAAUUCAAAUCAUUCCUUAUCGAUGCUCCUGCCGAUUACAUUGAACAUAUUGAAAGAAAAGGUCGAAACUUGUUAUUACGUAUUCAGAUGCUUUACUUGGUCCGUGAUCGAAUUGUACCAAAGGAUUGGGAAGAAGCCAAGGUUCUUCCUAUUCCCAAAGUGACAGGUACUCCUCCUUCUGAUUGGUGGGGUGAUAAUGAAGAUCGUGAUCUGUUACUUGGUAUUUGUAAACAUGGUUAUCAACAAUAUCUUACAAUGCGAAAUGAUCCUGAAUUCAGUUUUUAUGGCAAGAAGUUUGAUGAUAGCAAGGCAGGUGCUCUUGAGGAUGAUGAUACUGUACCUAAUGUUUCAACAAAUGAAAAUGAUGUUUCAACCAAGAAAGAAGAAAACAUGGAUAACGCCGAUGAUCAAGUCUAUGUUUGGCCAUCUAAAGCUGAUAUUGGUAUGAGACUACGACGCAUCAUUGCCGCAUUUUUACGUGAAGAAGCCAAUGAUCUCCGACGACAAAAGGUAUUAGAAAAGGAACAAGUCAAAGAAGGAAAUCGACUAGAGCGACAAAGACAACGAGAAUCUCGACAAGCAGAAAGACAAAGAUCACGACGCACUGGCUCUAUUUACCGAUGGCACAAACGUAACAAGGCUGACUUUUUACGAACGGUGCUCUCAUUUGGCGUUGAAACUGUGCCUGGUGAUCCUAAUAUUCGAUGGGAUCGAUUCAGAGAAAUUUCAGGAUUGGAAAAUCGACCAGAUGAUGUAUUGGAUGCUUAUUAUCAUCGGUUUGUGUCUGCUUGUGAAGAAAUCAUGAAACGACAAAAACCUCAAACAGCAGCAACUACAAUAGCAAUAGUACCCAAUCAAGAUAAUGUAGAUUCUCCUUCUUCAACACUUCAAGUUCCUGGUGAUGGUGAACAACAACAAGAUACUUUGAUGACAAGUCGUGAAUCCAGUGUGGAACCCAAUUCAACAACAGUAGCAACAACUACAGCAACAAUGGCUCAAGAAGCACGUGAAGAGUCGGUGGCAUCAGCGGAACAAGAUGAUGUUGAUUUAGAUUUGGUACCUUAUGACAAAGCCCGACGUUCAUUGAAAAGAAUUGCACAAAUGAAAAGGUUACGUGAAGAAAUCAUAGUCCAUCCUGAUUUCGAUGUGAACUUGAUGGCUGCUCGUAAAACAUCUGGAUUACCUAGUUGGUGGAAAGUACCUGAUCAUGAUCGAGCUCUCUUACAUGGAAUUUGUAAACAUGGAUAUAGUCGUAGUGAUUUGUUAUUGGCGGAUUCUGAACUACCAUUCUAUCACAUCAAACAACAUAUCAUCGAUAGUGAAGAUAUUAAGGAUCCUACUAGUGAAGAAGGCAUGGCGAUAGUGAAUGAAAAAUUAGCAUGGCCCAAGGACAUUGUGAUUGCUCGACGUAUCGAAUCUCUUUGUGAAUUGAUUCUCAAACCUAAACCUACACCACCAAAACGACCUGCUGCUAGUCGAAAACGACCCCAUGAUGGAUCCGGUCCACGACGCAAAUUGGAUUCAGCACAGAAAUUAUCACGUAACAUCAAAUUGACUAUGAAUGGACCAAGAUCAUCAACAAUGGUUCUAGAUAGCAUGAGCUCCUCAACAUUACCACGAUAUGGCCAUUUUGAUCCCAGCAGUAGCAGCGAGGAUGAGACUAUGGAUGGAAAUGAUCGGGCAAAUGUGAUAUCUCAAACAACUUCUGGUAAUGGCGGGGACGAUUAUGAUAGUGGCGAGGAUACGGAUGAUAUUUUACAAGAAGCAACUAAACGAAUGAAACAUCGAUAUGGUGGAAACAACAGUAGAAAAAAAUCAACCAUUGCUCAAGGUAGUCGAACUUUAACCAAACCUUUGAAAGCACAACCAAGAAAACCAGGACCAAAGUAUUUGAAGGAUUGGAAACAUACAAUUCAAGAAGAUAAUAAUAAUAAUAAUGGACAACAUCAUCCACUUGGUAAACCAUCUUCAUCUUAUCAGCAACAACAAUAUCUACCUCAGCAAAAAUCAUCGUCGUUACCAUCAUCAAGCUCAGAAGAAGAUGAUGAACUAUAGCUUAGUUGACCCCUUCUCGUUUUUAUUUUCUUUAGUUUUAUGUAUCAUAUUUUUUUCCUUUAUUUUGAUCUUAUUUAUAUCAAUUAAAAAAAAAAAAAGCUAUGGAUUUUCUCUCUCUC